AUGCUAUCAUCUUCGCCGCUCCCGCUCAGCCCAUCGAAGAGCUCUCUGCGUCAAGGCAACAACAGUGUUAGUGGAAGCGUUUAUGCCGCCACUGGCAUUAGCAAUGCUGGCGUGGAGACGCGAGAGCACGGCGUGCAGACGGAGUGGACGAAGGACAAGUCGGCCCACAGCACGUCACGCAGCACCGCCUCGCGCCAACAAUCCCCUUCGGUGAGUCGCAGUUGGCGGGGGACACCGUCGCGCCGCACACCCCGCGCGUCCCCUUCACCCCCGUCGUCCGCAUCUGCGCUCUUCCGUGCGGCAUCGCCACUGUCGGCGGGAGCAGCAGGUGGAAGCAGAAGCGGAAGCGGAAGGGGAAGCGGAGGAAAAAUAAGAGACAGGCCAACUUCCAAGCAUUCCAUUUCAGUGGGCCGCCCGAGCGGCAGCUCCAGCGUGGGAAGGGCUGUCUCCCCUCUGCCGGGCACUCUUGGUGCAGUGCUGCCAACGUUCCAGCAGGGUGAUGGUGGUAGUGGCAGUGGUGGUGGUGGUGAAGCGAGCCAUGUGGGGAAACGGACCGCCCGCGUCAGUUCAUCAGUGGGCGAGGCGAGCUGGUCGCUGCGUGGGGGUGAGGGGAUGGGAAGCAUCUCCGGGCGGACGAGAUCUGCCACGAACCGACGUGUGCGUGCGCUCGCAAGAGGCUACGAGGAGUUGCAUAAACAGCUGAUUGCCCUCGAUGAACUCGUCGUCUCCGCGGAGAAGGGGCCCAAAGAUGCUGCCAAAGUGAUGAAAUUUUUCCAGGAUGAGAACAACGAAGAUGCGGCGACGCAGGCGGAUUACAUGGCACAAGUUGUCGAGGCCGACACGCAAGUCCUCAUUCAUAUACUCCGGCACCUUCAGCGGGCUCCGUUGGGGGGCGCCUCCAUGAAAUGGAGGGGCUCAACUGGUGGAAGCAUCAGCGGUGUUACUCGUCCGGCACAGGGAUUGCCAUCCGGCACACCUGAUCUGCGCCAGGAUGGUGCUGGGAGUGCGCAACUGGCCGCGAAUUCACCUGAAAAUGCCUCUAUUGUGCGAGGACCAGCAGCAGUGGCAGCAAGAGCAACACCAACUGGAGCGACUCAAGCUGCAUCUGGGGGUUCAACUCCCACUGCCUUGACGGACAACUUGGAAAAGCAAGUCAGUGGCGCAGGGAAUGUCUCUGUAUCGGUUGCAGGGGCCUCCAAGUCGGAAGGAGGAAGGGCUGGCGGAUCCAAUAGCAACGACAUACACUCUUAUGAUGUGAUUCGCGGCGAUGGUAGUGUUGGUGACGUCGCCGGCAUCGAUCGCGAACCCAGCAACGCCGUCAGUGGGGAUGGGAAAACGCCUCAAGCCGGCCUCACCGAGGCUUCAGCCAGCCUAUCACAGCAAGCUGACGCCACCAAUGCCUUGCAACAGAGAGGUUCGGGUGGGUGGGGCCCCGGUGGGCAGCAGGACGGCGGCGAUGUUUCUUCUACUGGCGUCGCCAAACAGCUGAGUGACCAACAUGGUGCCUCGCCGUCUGCCACGCACGAACCAAGCGAGUUAGUGGGGUGGAGUACGCCGCGCCCGCCCACGCAAGAGCGAACACGCAACCCGGCAGGUGGCCGCGGCGCCGAUAGCCCACUACCAACAAAGGGCGCGGGUAAGCGGCCAAAGGAGCCACAGUCGUCGCUGACACAGUCGACAAAGAAGGUGACGCCUGGUGUUGCGCUCCCCAAGGUCCCUCUCAGGAGCGGUAGAGGCCGAGGCAAUGUUGGCGGUGAUGGUGAGGCUACUACAGAUAGUGGCGGCGGAGCAGGCACGCUGCCGCCGCGAAAAUCGGGCGGCGACACGAUCGAGGUUUCACCGACGCUGCCGAAACUUGGCGUGGGGGCGCGACGCACGACACCCCGCAUGUCGGACCGUGAACGGCGUCGGCCGCAACGUAUACCAUGGCAGCCGGCGACGAUACGCCUCGACCUGGGUGAGGGGUUCGGCCCACCGGAGGUUGGGGGGGCCAUGACGCAAAAUAUCUACCCGCACCGUCCAUCCACGCGUACUGCAGCGCUGCCUUGGGCGACAUUCUUUCACAGGGCGCUUGGCCAGAGCGGUUUGCCCACCGUGCAGCAUGUGCCGCCGCAGGGUGAGAAUAAUACGGCUAACUCUGGUAACGAAACCGUAGAUAGGACUGGUAGCGGGGGUGGCGGUGCUGCUCCCUUCAUCCCUCUCGCACCGCCGUUGACAUCGUCCCCGCCGUUUAACUGGGCACGAUUCAUAUCGUCCAACCAACACCCGCCUCGCUCAGUGACCGAAGAUGGAUACAACAAUCUGGCGCUCGACGGAAUGGCCAUAAUGGCACGUGCUUUGGAACCCAUGAGCCCGCAAUGUGUGCCAUCUCCAUCUCCACCCGUACCUCCCGUGGCGAAGGUGAAGGAGACAGCGCCGGCGAACACAACCGGUGACAUGGAGCAGCAGUCGAUGCCCGAGAGUGCAUUUUCCGUUUCUGGUCACAGUCUCGUCACGGGGUGCGGGUCUCCUCGUGGCGCUACGGCACUGCCGCCGCCGCCGCCUGUGGGAAGAAGCCUUGAUACCUACGGAGCUUCCUUGCUAUCCUACUGGCCAUCAGCCAACAGUUACCUCUCACAGGUAGUAUACCGCAGCCCUGCUCAGUCGCGCCGCAGACUCCCCAACAGCGCACGGUCAUACCGCACGCAGGACAGCUACUGGCGCUCCAUAUUGGGCCUCAUUGACUCGCGGGGCCUGAAUAACCCAUUCCUCUCACGCCUCGUCGCCCCGCGGGUGGUGCGCAACCGCCCGCGCUGGGUGCCGCUCUACACGAGCCACCGCCACGUCCAGAGGCUGUCGGCACCGUCGCUGUUUAUUGGCCAACCACGCACCUGCGUUCUGCCACCGCGCAUCCGCAGUCUUCGGAGUUUCGCCAAACGGCUGCCACGACGCUCGUCCCUCGUGAAGCGGAUGCCCUCUGCGAAUCUACGACGUGGCGAACUGCCGCCACCGCGACAGCCACAGCCAGAGCAUGAGUUUGUUCCCAUACCGGUUCGCAGCUUGGGUGGCUGGCACCCGCCGAGAACUGAGAAGAACAAAUGA